CAUCGACGCGCUUACAUGAAGACGCACAUGAAUUAUAGAAGCACUUGGCUGUUUGUCACAGUUUUCUCAUUGUGCUAGGCCUUCACUUAUUACAAGCGUUACACAGUAGUAACCAGACGUUUACCAUAAGACUGCUGUCGUGCGAAGGAUGUGAAUUAUUUUUUUGUUACAGCAUACAACUACUGAAAAAAUGUCAAGGCGUGUUGUAUCUUCUUCUACCAAGUCCUCGGAGCUGGAACCAUAUCUCACUCAGUACUUCAUAUUUUUUUGAAAUAAAUAUAAUCAUGACUAUGCGUGUCGUGCUCUAAGUUUAAGCGAGCCUCUCUUGAGCAUUAUUAUUGACGUGAGUAAGUACAAUAGAGUCGGGGUAGACGCUUGUAUCAUAGUAUGCACAGACUCAAGAGCUUCAUGUAGUAGGUCGUUUUUGUUAGAUACUAUGGAUACAGAGGAUGCAAACAAUGAUAGAGUGCUGGAGAUGUUUCGACUGGUUAGUUCAAAAUUAUUCAUAAUCAAGAUCAGGAAAGUGCAUGAGAUUUGGCUGUAGCCUUAUAUCACUAGGAUGGUUGUUCGUUGUACUAAAUUAGUUGUAUGCACAAGAUACAUUAUAAAUCAGCGACGUUUCGCCUAGAUACUCUAAGACAUCCAAGAGCUCUUCUUUUAGAGUCGUUUCGAUAUUACAACACAUCAAUACCAUGGGUAAGUCUUAUCUACGGAGGCUUCGCAUUAUUUAGGGAGAGGACUGGAAUACAUAGGACUGCGCGACAGGUCUGCAACACGUUUUGGGUAUAUAUUAUUAAUCCAGCAUUUCCGUUUGAUUAAGUCAGCACUCGCUUCUUUUCCCAUCAAGCGGGCAGUCAUUAUUUUUCAUGAGUAGAAGUUAAAGAAGAGGAGCAACAGGCAGGGCUCUACAUAAUAGAAACGUGCGUUCGUUUUACUAGUGAUUUCAUAAUUUUUGACUUGUGUAAAUAUAGUAGUCUUUUUUACUGGAGUAGUUCCUUUCUGGUGUUACAAUGUAAGACUAUGAACAACCACAACUGGACCCUGUGGCGCGAUCUCUGAUUCAUCAUUCUCACGACAAGAUCUAGGCACUUGCGUCAGGCCGUUUUUUUUGCAAAACAAAAUGAAUCUAUGAUGUCACCAAAAUCAAAGUGUUUACUUUUUCUUGUAGUGGC